UCUGUAAAUAUCAGCGUGCCGGGCGUUGAUGCACAUUAGCUUCGGUUUCUCAACCUGACAAAUCCACCCUCUUGAAGUUCUAAAACGACUUUGACAAAGCGACGAAAAGAAAUGACUAACAAGUUGUUCCUGACUGCCGUGAUGUUCAUCGCCUGGUACUCUCUGGUAGAUGGUCGAGUGACGGAUACGGGUCCACUGCUCUCCGACAUGGAAGUGAUGUAUGAGGGUGUGUCUAGGGAAUACUGCCAGUUUGAGGACGCACAAAUCUUUAGAGACAGCAGCUGGACAACCUUUGACUGCAGGAGAUGUACCUGCAACUCCAAUGGACUGAGCUGCUGGAUCCCAGAAUCAGAAGUGCCCGAUGGCUGCAUGAGGAUUUACGACUUUGACUGCUAUGAGCGCAUCGUGCAGAGCGACAACCUCGACCUCGACUGCUCCACUAACGAUGUCAUUACUGGUAAAUAAGCAUAAACAAUGCAGCCAACAACCGUCAUGAGAUACGGUCGAACAUG